GUCGGUCGUCGUCAUGGGCACCCCGUGGGAUGAGCUGACCCUGACUUUCUCCCGCACGUCUAUGUUCCCCUUCUUUGACAUCGCCCACUACGUCGUGUCGGUGAUGGCGCUGAAGCAGCAGCCAGGGGCAGCAGCAGUGGCAUGGCAGAACCCCCUGUCAAGCUGGUUCACUGCAAUGCUCCACUGCUUUGGCGGAGGAAUUUUAUCCUGUAUACUGCUUGCAGAGCCCCCAUUGAGGUUUCUUACAAACCACACUCAUAUUUUACUGGCAUCUUCAAUCUGGUAUAUUAUAUUUUUUUGCCCAUGUGACCUAGUUUCCCAGGGCUAUUCAUACCUGCCAGUUCAACUCCUGGCCGCAGGAAUGAAGGAAGUGACCAGAACUUGGAAAAUAGUAGGAGGAGUCACACAUGCUAAUAGCUAUUACAAAAAUGGCUGGUUAGUGAUGAUAGCUAUUGGCUGGGCCCGAGGUGCAGGUGGUUCCAUUAUCACAACUUUUGAGCAGUUGGUAAAAGGAGAUUGGAAACCCAAAGGUGAUGAGUGGCUAAAGAUGUCCCACACUGCCAAGAUAACCCUACUAGGGUCAGUUAUGUUCACUUUCCAGCACACUGAUCACUUAGGAAUAUCAAAACAUAAUCUUAUGUUCCUUUACACCAUCUUUCUCGUGACUAUAAAGGUAACCAUGAUGAUUACAAAGUCUCCUUUGGUACCCCUUGCGCCAUUAGAGGAUAUACUGAGUCGGAUGCUGUUUGGUUGGCAGCAACAGAUUCCAUCCUGUGAAAAGAAAACUGAAACAAGACCAGCUUCCAAUGGUCCUUGCUCAUCAGCUUCAGAAGCCCCAGUGGAUGCUGCAGAUGAUGCUAAAAAGAAAUACGCUAAGAAGACUGAGUAAAUUCACUCAUGAAUUCCAGAAAGCAAAAAAUAUUUUUUCAUAUUUACUUGUUAGAUUGUAAUAUUUCUAUGUAAAUGAUGUAAAAUAAAGAUUAUAAGGGAUGGAGGUGAGAAAAAGGAAGAAAUUCUUUGGUUUAGGGAGACUGUUUUCUUGAUUGUAAUGAGUAUCAUGUGAAUCUAUUUCUUUGACAUAAAAGAUUCUCAUGGCUAUUGAAGAGUUUUAUAUUGAAAAAAGAAGGGUAAUUUGUUGAAUGUUGGAAAAGCAAACUAUUUGAAAAUUAUAAGGUUCUCAAGGAUUUAGCAUUUUUAAAAAAAUUAAAUAUUUUUAAAAUGAGUCUAAUUGUGCUUUAUUCAUUAGAAUUAAACGUUUACUUCAUAUUUACCAGUGUAAUGCUUAGAUAUGAAAAACACUUCCUAUUUAAUUUUGAGCAUUGAGAGCUUUUCCUGAGACACUUUGUAAGUGAAAGUAAAUUGGUAGUUUAUUUUGAUAUAUAAGCAUAAUAAUUUUGCCCAUAUUAAAAAUACCUGAAAUUUGAUUAUUUUUAUUUCCAAGAUUAUUUGUUCAGUGAGACCACAAUAUUGUUAUGAGUAUCAAAUGAACUAUUUAAUGCUCUUGAUUUUUAAAGGCUACUUUUUUUAAAAUCAGAAAAUCAGAGUUGUAGUGUGUGUUUGUGUGUGUGUUUCUUUUUGAGAAAAGAGUCUCACUGUGUAGUCCAGGCUGUCCUCAAACUUGUUAUCAUCCUGUCUCAGCCUCCUGAGUGCUGGCCUUAUAGGUAUGCCCAGUAGACCUAUUUAAUAAGCUAGUAAUCCUGUGCUUUAUAAUUUCAUUUUUGAGCUUGGGUUAUUUUUUUCCCUUAUCUCCUUACCACAUUUCAACUAUAGGAAGAAUGAUUGUCCACAUUUCACAUGUUCUUCCUAACUUAGUUGGUCUAAAUACAUUGGUGGUAGUUAUCUUAAUUCAGCAGACAGUAUUAUUUCCAUUUAAAAUGUUUUCUUCUACAUCAUCUUUAUAGUAGCAUAUUCAGUUUUUUGUCUCUUGAUAGUUCACAAAUGGUUAUGAUUUUAUUAAUUUUGUUUUAAAUGAAAACAUUUACUUUCAUGUGAAAAUGCUCAGCACUGAUGAGAAUUGUCCUUGAACAUAUAUGGUAGUAGCCAGCUAAUGAAGAAACAGAGAAACUAAAACCUCAUGUGGUUGUCUAUUUGAAUGAAGAAGUAAGACAUUGAAUAUGGUUUCUUUCUGGCAAAAGUAAGACAUUGAAUAUGGUUUCUUUCUGGCAAAAAUAAAAAUAAGGCUACUAAAUGAUAGGUUUUCUUGCCUUAUUUUAUGGGUACAAGUCCAGUUAUAACAGUAAGACUCUAUGACAUUAUUUCUUAUGCCAAGACCAUGAACCUAUAACCUGUAUCAGGUAUUUUAGGGUGGUCUAGAAGUACUCAAAUCACAUUCAGAUUGAAGGUUCUAUACUUUUACUUGCUAAAUAAAUAUUUUUUUGGGGGGGGUGGGAACACUUGAUUAUCUUGAAAUGUUAAAAUGUUUAUUUUUAAUAUUAUGAGAGAAAGGACUAAUUUGGGUUCUGUAUUAUAUUUGAUACUCUAGUUAAAAUCUUUUCAAAGUUACCAUAUUAUUAAUUAUUGUCCAGUUUUGAAGUUUUAAUUUAACUAUAGUUGAAAUAGUAAAAAUCUUGUUUUAUAUUUGUAUUAAAAACAAAUCAUUAAAAUGUCAUUCAGUA